GGGGCAAGUGGGAUAAAUUGAUAGGAGGAAGGCACAGCCAAGUUGAAAGUCUCCUUCUCCGCCGGCCCGGAACAGACAGAGAGACCAAGAGGAGGGGGAGGCAAUCGUCAGCAGCCAUGGGCGUGACCAAGGAGGACGUCGAGGCCGCCGUCGCCGCCGCGCUCAGCCCCACCCACCUCGUGGUCACCGAUACAUCCGGCGGGUGCGGCGCGAGCUACGAGAUCGAGGUGGUGUCGGGCAAGUUCGAGGGGAAGCGGCUGCUGGAGCGCCACCGGAUGGUCAACACCGCGCUGGCGCCGCUCAUGGCCGAGAUCCACGCCGUCUCCAUCAAGGCGCUCACCCCCGAGCAGGCCCAGCCCCAGCCGUCGCCGCCCGCCGUCACCGCCGACAAGGCCUGACUCGCUCCCAAGGAAGCAUUGGUUGGAUGCUGGGAAACUCGCAUCAUACAGUACUCUCUGCUUGAAUGAAUGAAUGAAUAAUGUAGCAAUGCCGCGCCUGCGGAAUCGAGACUCUGCAGUGGUGGCAUACGUUAUGUCCAUGUGAUUGCGAUGAUUUAGUGCUUCUGCUCUAACUGCGUUUGGCCUGAGAUUGUGUGGCGACAUGUUCCUGAGUUGUGUCAUAUAAUCUCUUUGCAGUUUA